UCUGUCCAGUGCUGCAGACGAACCUCGACCAGACCACAGUCCACACACUGUGUGCUAGCUGCUGUGCAGGGCUGUGUCUGGCUACGUCCUCUCGGCAGUUCAUUGUCGGUAUCUCCUGGUCGCAACGAAAUUUUUUUGGAGCAGUAUGUAUGUAUAGGUCCAAACACACAUCAGCCGUUCGAUAUUCCAUUACCUUCCUCAAGAAAGAAGCGGACUGUUCCAGCGAUUUAUAUCGGCUAAUCUGAAUUUUCGGGGAUAUUCUUUCAGAUCGAACAGAUCACCAGGAUCGAAUACAAUGGCGCUGGCGAGAAGAGCGAGUCACUCCGGUAGCUGGUACUCGGAGAACGGUUUUGAGCUGAAUAAGCAGCUUGGGGACUGGCUGAAUGCAGCUGACCUGUCUCAUGGGCCAGCCAGAGCGAUUAUAUCACCCCAUGCUGGCUACAGCUACUGCGGAGCCUGUGCAGCAUUCGCCUAUCGCCAGAUUAGUCCUGUCGUAGUCCGCAAGAUAUUCAUUUUAGGCCCAUCCCACCACGUGAGAUUACCAGGAUGUGCUCUGACUCAGGCUCAGGUCUACAAAACACCACUGUAUGACCUGCAUGUCGAUCAACGAAUAAACAAAGAACUUGCGGAUACUGGCCACUUUGAGUGGAUGGACAUGGACACGGAUGAGGAUGAGCACAGCAUUGAAAUGCAACUGCCGUAUAUUGCUAAAGUUAUGGAAGACUUCAAGGACUCAUUUACUGUUAUUCCCAUUCUUGUUGGAUCUCUUAGUCCUGAGCGGGAAGCUAUGUAUGGAAGACUGCUAGCACCUUACAUGGCUGAUCCUCAAACCUUAUUUAUUAUUUCCUCAGACUUCUGUCACUGGGGUCAACGGUUUCGUUAUACUUAUUAUGACAGAUCUUGUGGUGCUAUUCAUAAAUCUAUCAAGAAUCUUGAUCAGAUGGGAAUGAACAUAAUAGAAAACAUGACCCCAUCAUCAUUUACUGAAUAUUUAAGAAAAUAUGGUAACACAAUCUGUGGUAGACAUCCAAUAGGAGUUUUGCUGCAGGCAAUCCAAAGCCUUAAAGAGACUACUAAUGGCCAACGAAUGACGUUGAAAUUUUUAAAAUAUGCCCAGAGCAGCCAAUGCAAUAAUAUGAAUGAUAGCUCUGUCAGCUAUGCCAGUGCUUCAAUGGUAGUUGAAUGAUAAUAAAUUUUGAUAUAGCUCCUGCCGUCAAGCGUUCAGUGCUAUAAUACACAUAAACGUUAUUUUUUGGUACAUAUGCAAUAUUAGGUGUCAACUUUAGGCACGAAAAUAAAAUGUUAUUAGGCAGAGCUCAGAAAAAAGGCCUCUUCCAGGUGGUAUCAGCGGGUGAUACCGUACUUACACACAUACUUAAAUCUACAAUUAUUUUCAUAUAAGAGACACAAUCUACAUUUUUUAACGUACAAAUCACACCGUUAUGUAAAGAACGAGGUAGGAGAAUAUUAAGAAACUAAUUGUAAAUUAAAGACUGACUAUUGUCAUUUAUGUUUAGUGCAUUAAACGAAAAAGAAAUAUUGAAAAACCAAGUGUGAAAUCAAUAUAAAUAUAAAAAGAUGAGAUUAUACGUAUUAUAUACGUACGAAAACACGAAUCAUCGUGAACGCGUGGUCAACUCAAUAUUGAGUUCCACCUCAAGUUACGAAAUCAGGUCCAAUACAUAAAUAAGCACUGCAACAUUCGUGAUAACAGAUUUUUCGAUAGAGUGUAGACGAAAAUGCCACAGAUUGUCAAAGCUAGUUGCGUUUUUCUGCCAAAAGCUUAGCAUUUAAUUAGUUAUAAUUCACCAACAGAUUCUUCAAGUGUAUCACCCUUCUGUACACUAUGCAUAAAAUAUUAGCACCAUAGAUAUUCUCCUCAAUUUUAAUGGAUUUCUACGGUCAAAUUUGUCUUCUAAAUUAGAAAUAUACGUUUUGCGUGUAUUAUAAAUUUCUUGCUUUUAUGUAAGUUAAGAAAAUUGCUUACGUUAAAGAUAACGUUUCAGAAGCCAUUGCAAAUUUUUGUAAUUGGACUUUAGGCUAUACCCUAAAGAUUGUCCACGGUUAUUGUACUGUAACAAUCCUAUAAUAUUAUAUUAUAGCUAAAGAAUUGUAUUGUUUUUCUCUAUGUAUAUUGAGAAGUAUGAAACUUCAUGGUCUUUCAAUCGUGAUAAAUUGUUACUCUAAAUUAUGCUUUAUUAAAAAGUUAACGACAUUAAUGAUAGUAUGCGUUUGUAUGACAAUAAAAAGCAUUUAUGUAAAAAAAAAGAACUACUUCAUGCACCUUCUCUGGCAAAAAAAAGAGUUAAAAAACCAUAAAAAGUUGAAUUGGAAUUAGAACUUUGGAAUAGGAUAUUUUCAGGAAAAAGUACCAUCAAAAUGCAUUUACUUAAAUAAAGCUUUA